AGCACUUGUGGCUGCACCAUGACACUGACUGCCCACCUCUCCUACUUUCUGGUCCUGUUGUUAGCGGGCCCAGGCCUCAGUGACUCCCUCACCACCAAGGAUGCAGGUCCCCAGCCACUGGAGCUGAAAGAAGUCUUCAAGCUGUUCCAGAUCCGGUUCAACCGAAGUUACUGGAACCCAGCAGAGUACACUCGCCGUCUGAGCAUCUUUGCCCACAACCUGGCUCAGGCUCAAAGGCUACAGCAAGAAGACUUGGGUACAGCUGAGUUUGGAGAGACUCCAUUCAGUGACCUCACAGAGGAGGAGUUUGGCCAGUUAUACGGUCAGGAGAGGUCACCAGAAAGGAUCCCCAACAUGGUCAAAAAGGUAGAGUCUAACAUGUGGGGGAGAUCUGUGCCCCGCACCUGUGACUGGCGUAAAGCAAAGAACAUUAUCUCGUCGAUCAAGAACCAGGAAAGCUGCAAAUGCUGCUGGGCCAUGGCGGCUGCCGACAACAUCCAGGCUCUGUGGCGCAUCAAAUACCAGCAGCUUGUGGACGUCUCUGUGCAGGAGCUGCUGGACUGUGAACGCUGUGGAAAUGGUUGCAAUGGUGGCUUCGUGUGGGACGCAUAUCUAACUGUCCUCAACAACAGUGGCCUGGCCAGUGAAAAGGAUUACCCAUUCCAGGGGGACAGAAAGCCUCACAGAUGCCUAGCCAAGAAGUACAAGAAGGUGGCCUGGAUCCAGGAUUUCACCAUGUUAUCCAAUAAUGAGCAGGCAAUUGCCCGCUACCUGGCUGUCCAUGGACCUAUCACCGUGACCAUCAACAUGAAACUACUCCAGCAUUACCAGAAGGGUGUCAUCAAGGCUACACCCAGCUCCUGUGACCCUCGGCAAGUGGACCACUCUGUCUUGCUAGUGGGUUUUGGCAAGGAGAAAGAGGGCAUGCAGACAGGGACAGUCUUGUCCCAUUCUCGAAAACGUCGCCACUCCUCCCCCUACUGGAUCCUGAAGAACUCCUGGGGAGCUCAGUGGGGCGAGAAGGGUUACUUCAGGCUGUAUCGGGGAAACAACACCUGUGGAAUCACCAAGUAUCCCUUCACAGCUCAAGUGGGCUCACCAGUUAAGAAGGCACCGAUCUCUUGUCCUCCCUGAAGCCAGCAGCCACUCUUCUGCUUCUCCCACAUGGCCACUGCCCCUUGUCAGCCCUGCCCACAUCCUCUCUGUAUGGCUUCAUAAACCAAGACUGCUCCGUGGCUCCUGAGUGGAUUGAGCUGGGGUGUGGAGAGGCGAGGUGGGGCUGGGAAGACCCAGUCUGUGCCAUGGUCUGGUCCCUAGGUGCUAGUACACACGUUCUCACAUCCUUAUGGGUGAGGGUGAUGGCACAGCACUUGAGCACACAUGUGUGAGCCCUUCAACCUGGAACAAGGACCAGUCUCCAAACUUA